CUCUUAAAAAUCGGCUUUGUUUGGCGAGCUCGGACUUGCUUUAAUACCCGACAUUCUGGUCACUAGUUUCCCAUUCAAGCGAAGGCACUGGACGUGAAUAGUCAUGGCCGAUCAACUCACAGAAGAACAGAUUGCUGAGUUCAAAGAGGCUUUCAGUCUUUUUGAUAAAGACGGUGAUGGAACCAUUACAACAAAAGAAUUGGGGACAGUGAUGAGGUCACUGGGUCAGAAUCCCACAGAAGCAGAACUUCAGGAUAUGAUCAAUGAAGUGGAUGCUGAUGGAAAUGGAACCAUUGAUUUCCCAGAGUUUCUCACUAUGAUGGCCAAGAAAAUGAAGGACUCUGAUUCUGAGGAGGAACUUCGAGAAGCUUUCCGGGUAUUUGACAAAGAUGGAAAUGGCUUCAUCAGUGCAGCAGAGUUACGUCACGUGAUGACAAACUUAGGUGAAAAAUUAACUGAUGAGGAAGUUGACGAGAUGAUCAGAGAAGCAGAUUUGGACGGUGAUGGACAAGUUAACUACGAAGAGUUCGUAAGAAUGAUGACAAACAAGUAAGAUGAAAGAAUCCCAUACACUAAGUAAAUCUUCACAAUGGAGCGUUCGAUCGGAGUGUCUACAUCCUAGUGUCUGAAGACCAAUCAAAUCCCGAGACAGCAUUAUGUACAGUGUGAUUUGUAUCACACCCUUCCACAACCAGCUCAUAUAAUGACAUUUUACCACUCAACUUUUUUAAUUUUUAUGAUCUUAUUUUUUUUUAUUGCAUAUGUGAUAUGAAACUGUUAUUCUAUAUGUUGAAUAAAACCUGCUCAUAACUACA